GGGUCUCAGCCAGAUAUGGCGGAGCCGACGGACCCCAUGCCUGGCGAGUCGGCCAAUACCCCCGUCGAAUUGAAUACGCCGGCUCCCCAACCUCCUUCUCAUCCUGCACUACCUUUGGAAGAUAUUAAACAGUCUUUGACUGAGUCUUUGCCUGAGUCUCUUCCAGAGCCCAACGAGGGUCCAGCCUCGACAAGCGAGCCACACCCUCAAUUAGCACCACCGACUGUGGAUCCAAACCAGCAGUCAAGCAUCAGUACCAUCAAUGAGCAAGCCAACCCACCCGCAGUUACGCCAAACACCACUACGUCCGCCGUGGAUCAUUCGUUACCGACAAUAGAUACGUCCCUUCCGCCUAUGGGUCCAUCCCAGCCAAUAUUGGAGACAGCUCUAAAUGACUUUGAUUCAUCGCUCCAGUCAGUGGGCUCUUCUGCGGCGCCUGACUUGUCGCUUCCAGCAAUCGACACCUCUAUGCCUUCAUUCGACUCGGCAUUGCCUGCGAUAGGGACGGAUAUUCCUACAAUGGAUGACGAUCAUUCGUUUGGAGAUCACAGUUUCGGUGACCAUGACCAGGACGUCAAUUCCGGAGCAGCAGACCCCGGUAACAAUGGGAUGCAGCAACAUGGAUCGAUGAACGGCGCAACGCAUUACCAGACGUCCAAUGGUAAUUACCAAUACUCCCAGAGCCCUGCUCCAUCACAACAACAAGAAGCACAUCAACCACCAGGGCCGUCUCAACAUCAAUUCCAGGCCCAGCCACAGCCGAGUUAUCAACCGAAUCUGGACAUCUACCACAACCAAGGGGGUUUCGCAGCGGUGAAUACAACCCCUGGCAGUGGUCAAGGACAGCCAGGGCAAAUUCCACAAGCACCAAUUGGAUCUCCCAUGCCACCAUCAACACCUAUAGGGCAGUACAUGACGGGAUAUUCUUCCAAUGGGUCUCAGCAAAGCAUGAAUUCGAAUGCGCAAAUGCGAUAUCCGCAUCCUGGAGAUCCGAAUAAAAUGCUUUCUGGAGGACGACACAAGAAAGAAGUCAAGCGACGCACAAAAACAGGAUGUUUGACUUGUCGCAAGCGAAGAAUUAAGUGUGACGAAGGACAUCCGGUCUGCAGAAAUUGUGUCAAAAGCAAGCGCGAUUGUAUGGGAUACGACCCUGUGUUCCGACCUCAAGCAUCCACCCCCUCCGUCAUUCAACCGGCUGCGCCGAAUCCUCCCCCGUCGCUUGUUGUCAAUCCUCAAGGCCCUCCUAUUUCAUCUACGCCUUCAUAUCCCUCUGCGCCCCCAGGUUAUAUGCCUGCUUCCUCCCAACCAUUUACACCAACUUUUCACUCUGAAUCUCCCAGCACCUCAAUCGACCAACCUGAUCACGGAGCGUCUCUCGAAAACUCUCUGGGCCCCAUCAAUCCACAAAGCUCCAACGGCAUGCAGUCUUCUAUUGAAAACGCCGAGACUUCAUACAAGGUGAAGAAUCUCCAUGCCGAAGACUUGCUCUCAGUAAGAGGGAUUGCUCCUCCCCCUCCCCAUCCCAUCAGCACACUGCCGCAAGUACGCAUCGGGGAAAUCCAGGCUGUUUUCUUAGCCACAUAUGCCCCUGCUAUUGACAAACUGCUUGAAGUUCGAUGGUAUAUGGACAAGGCACUUCCGGUCUUGAUGGCAGAUGCACAGCUUAUGGCAGACUACGCGGCAUUAAUUGUUGCGUUCAACGAGUGGGAUCUAGAUGACCAAAAUUCCCUCGCACGCCUUGAGAGCUUCGAGGCCUCAAUUAUUUGGAGAAGUAUGUGUCUGUGCCGUCAAGUACCGAACGCAAAAGAUGGUCAGCACGGGUCAGACUGGAAUUUGCUUCUUGCCUAUGCGCGCCUGGAUGCAAUCGAAGCUCUUGUGACCUGGAAACACUUGGAAGAAAACGCUCUAUCUCGGCAGGGAAGAAUAGACGCCACAGUACCACCGGAUCAAUUACCACGCGACCAGUCUGAUCAAUUCUUGUUGCGACAGCUAGACUUCUGGGAGGCACUUGGCACGUUCCUUACACUGCACGACAACGAAGCUAGUUCGGCUAAGCAAAUCGAUGACACUCUUGGGCGUGUUCGUCAACUUCUGGAUACAUACGAGAACCGCGACAUUAUCUACUCAAUUGCUAUUACGCGCCAUUUUGGCCAGCGAUGGCCGGGCUUCCCCAAUAACCUGCCCCAUUCUGGUACAACUAGUGAAAAAGAGCUUGGCACCAAGCUCUUUGUUGCACAGAAGUUCAUCGAAGACGAGGCUGGAGGCAAGGGGACUAGCCAGGUUUACAAACGACUCUGCGGCAUGGCAGUGCGCUCAUGGUGGAUUGCGUGA